CAAAUUUCACUCUUUCCAUCACUUUUUCGUAAGAAACGCUAUCAUGGCCGGAGGAAAGUCCAAAAGCAAGGCAUCCGAGAAGAAGACCGCCGCCGAGGCCACAAGCUCUGCGCCUCAACCCUUCCCGUACCUGGACGGAUCCUUCUUGGAGUUCGGGUCGGAAGAAGAACUCACACGCUUCAUCACCUACUUCGCCAAACGCCCGAUCUCUCCGCCCCGCGUGCUCCCGGAGCUGUACCCUCAACAAAAGGGCGGCGCACCGACGAUUCACUCGGCCCCACCGGAGAAGCGCCUCCUCCUCUACAUCAUCACCCGGAUUCUUCGCCCUCGGGACAGUAGCCACACCAGUCUCUCCAACAAAGAUCUCAGGGUAGUGCACGCUAUCAUCCAUGGCGCCUCGAUCAAUUGGGCAAAAUACGUCAUGAUUCACAUGACGGAUUGCGCCUCAAUCGCCACCGAAAGGAGCUUGCCAUACGCCUUCCUUGUCAUGGACCUCAUCGUCUCCGCCGACAUCCACAUCGCCGGGCCGGACACGAAGAUGACGAAGCUGUGGCUCAUCCAAGACAGCACCUUCCGGAAGAAGUCCGGUGACCAAACAGGCGCUGGACCGAGUCGGGCCCGUGCACCUCCCCCUGCCCAUGCCCCCGCUCCCGCUCGGGCCUCACUGCAGUCCAUAGCCGAUACACUGAAUCGGCUAACCGUCACCGUGGAUGGCAUGGGCCAGUACCUGGAGAGGAUGGACUCGUCGAUACAACGCCAAGGCCACGACAUGAGGGCGUACUUCCGCGGCAUCAACUACGUCCUGCCGCCCUUUGACAGCACCUUCCUCGGCCAAAACUAUGAAGGCGAGGACGAGGACGACAACUCCUAUGCUCCGUCCUCCUCCCCCGACGAGGCCGACUUUGAGGACGCGGUCGACGGGGAUCCUAUGGACGUCGAGGACGACGAAGAAGACGAUGACACCGAGGAUGAGGACGCCGCUGCCUAGACUCUCCCUUCUUUUCCUUUCCUACUAUGAUUUUUUUUCUUUAAAAUUUCCAUUCCGUUGUAUUCUGCAUCUCCCUUUUCUUAAGCAAUAAAAGUAAACUUUCAAG